AUGCAAAAGUUACUGGGUUUCCGGGAACCCAAUAACUAUACUGUACAUCCGCCACUGACGAUAUGCUAUCCGAAAAAGUACUGUAAGGUGUUAUCUUGCUGUGAUGGAUUUGUGUUGGUCCCAGCAAUUGGUCCUGCAUCUGGUUUGGGCUCUUUUGGAGCCCAAUGUCUAUUUUCUAAUGAUGUUGCCCUAAAGAAAAGUUCAAAAGGAUCCCUCGACAGAGAUGUUGCUCUUGCACAGCUUGAAACUGAGAAAAGGUCUUCUUUUGUCAAGGCAUGGGAAGAAAGUGAAAAAAGCAAAGUGGACAACAAGGCUCAGAAGAAGCUCUCUGCAGUUGCUAGAUGGGAAAACACCCAGAAAGCAAAGUUUGAAGCUAAACUGAAAAAACUUGAGGAACAACUAGAGCACAAGAAAGCAGAUUAUGCAGAGAAGAUAAAAAAUAAAGUAGCAUUAAUUCAUAAGGAGGCAAAUGAGAAGAGAGCCAUGGUUGAUGCGAGACGAGGGAAAGAAAUUCUGAAGGCAGAGGAGAUGGCAGCCAAGUAUCGCGCUACAGGGAAGGCCCCUAAGAAGUUUCUUGGAUGCUUUUGACGUUAAUGCUGUUAUGAAAUUGUGAAGAUCAUGAAGGAUAA